GAGGCUCAUCAUUACAUUCUCCCCUCUAGGAUGCAGAGAGUCAUGCAUGUGACUGUGGUAACUGCUGUCCUGCUGGCGGUGGGCAUCCUGAACGCCGUCUCAGCCCAGUCUCACACGGAAGAACUUGAGUUUGUAUGUGAACAUCUAAAACGUGUUUCUUGUGGUGGAGGAUGGACCCACAUUGAUGCCACACGCUGUGUUAAAUACUUCCAAACUCCAAAAUCCUUCGAUGACGCACAGGCACACUGCAACAGCACCGGCAGUGACCUGGUGACAUUCAAAACUCAACAAGAUGUCGGAAAAGCUGUUUGUAUCACGUUACAUGACAACCCUAAACCUAAAUCCUUUUGGGUUGGAGUCAUAAGAUCCGCGGAGGGGUUCACAUACACUGAUGGAUCUGAGGUGAAGCAUGCUCACUGGUCAGUUGGUCAGCCAAACAAUGCUGGUGGACAAGAGAACUGCGUUGAGAUGAACUACAAAGACUGGGGACUCUGGAAUGAUGCCAACUGUGCAGCUAAGCAUCAUUUCAUGUGCGCCAAGACAAUGUAAUCAUCACCUGCUGCCGUUUGCUUUCACAUGUGCUGCUGGUGGACCAGUCUCUUUCAUGAUAACCUGAAACACACAAGCUUCUUAACUUUACUGCAAUAAACGCUUCAGCAUUCAAGUUC